UUGCACGAAAUGUAUCAGCUGUGAUCCCAGCCGUCAAUCUUUCAAGAAACCCUAAUCCCUAGGUGCUCCUUUAGUCCCUCGAAGCAAUCGAAGACAGCGUCGCCUCAGCGGCUUUUUAAUCAACCAAAAUCUAGGGCAUUUUGGUCGAUGAUAUAGACGCAGCUCGAGUUUUUCUUUUCCCAACUGCGAAUAACCUUCAGCGUUAAAACAAGGAAAAAGUUUAUACAGAGCCGAAACCCUAACUUUGUAUCUUCAUCUUUUUUCUUAUAAAAAACCCGAGAUUGAUCACUUGCUUCUGGAAUCUAGGUUUUCAUAGAACAAUUUCUCUUAAUCCCUUAAUCUAAGCGUAGAUUUGCAGGAACCCUUUGAUUUUUUGGGUUUGCUCCAAAUUAUCGGGAUUUUAGACACAACCUCAUAAAUCUGUUAAUAUCGGUCAAUUCGUUCGCAAUUGUGGUCAGGUUUGGGAGCUAGGGUGCAGUUGUGGUCAGGUUUGGGGGCUAGGGUUUGGAAGAGGAGAAAUGGAAGGAGAAGUAAUAUUUAAGGAUAUAAGGAGAUAUUACUGUGAUAUCUGUGGAAUUUGCAGGUCUAAGAAGUCUCUGAUAAGAUCUCAUAUGCUUUCUGAACACAAGGAUGACGUUAAUGAGGUCCAAAAAGAUGAAGAGGAAAUCUUGGAAAGUAAAAGACUGAAGCUGGCAUGCGAGGAAUGUGGUGCCUGUUUUCGAAAGCCAGCUCAUCUUAAACAGCAUAAGCAGGGCCAUUCAUUAGAGAGAUCAUUUACUUGCCAUGUAGAUGGUUGCCACAGCAGUUAUAGGAGGAAAGAUCACUUGACCCGACAUCUUCUUAAGCAUGAGAACAAACUUUUUGAGUGUCCUGUGGAUAACUGUAAUCAUAAAUUCACUUACCAGGGCAAUGUAAAACGCCACAUAGAAGAACAUCACGGCGAAGAUUCUCCAUCAUGUGGACGACAGAAUCGUCUGCCACAUGUAUGUCAGGAACCUGAAUGUGGAAAGGCAUUCAAAUAUGAGUCAAAGCUUAGAAAGCAUGAAGAAUCACAUGUCGAGCUUGAUUCAGUGGAGGUAAUCUGCUGUGAUCCAGAGUGCAUGAAGCACUUCACUAACAUUGAAGCUCUCAAGGACCAUCUGAAGUCUAACCACCGAUAUGUUCCAUGUGAAGUAUGUGGGAGCCGACAACUGAAGAAGAACAUGAAGAGGCACCUUCGUACCCAUGAUAAUAAAGUCUCUAUUGAACGAAUCAAGUGCCCUGUUCGGGGCUGCUGUCAUAUCUUCACAACCAUAUCGAACUUGAAGAAGCAUGAGAAAGCAGUUCACCUUGAGCUGCGGCCCUUCACCUGUAGAGAACCGCAUUGUGGUCGCAAGUUCCCUUACAAGCACGUGCGUGAUAAUCAUGAGAAGUCUCAUGUUUAUAUUCAUGAUGACUUUGUGGAGUUGGAUGAACAGUUCAGAUCCCGGCCUCGAGGUGGGCGUAAGCCAUUGUUUAGUGGCAUCGAAUCGCUACUGCGAAAAAGGGUGGCUCCACCCAAUCGAGCUUCUAGCCUAGAUAAUGCAUCUGAGUACUUGCGCUCGCUUCUUUCAGAGGAUGUUAGUGAGUUCUCUGACAACACUCAAAGUAGAGGGACUGCUGCUGUGAGUGGUGUUUAGGGCAUAUGCUCUUAUGCACGCAUUUUCAUGAAGAUUUUUCAGAAGCUAUGCCCUUAUGUAUGCAUUUUCAUGAAGUUUUUUCAGAGGAAUUUUGGCCAGGCAGACUAAAUGUAGUUUUAUGGAGAGCGGAUUUAGAGAGAGAAUGCAUAGGCAUGCUAUAUUCAUUUGUGUUUUGAGUAUUAAUGUGAAGUAGUCUUUCUGUCUCUCUCAAAUA